AAUUAGAAAAGGAAAAGGAAAGGCUUUGCUUUUCUCUCUCACACAGUGUUGUGUGUAUCCAUGGUGAAUUGAUGCCACCAAAGCACAAAGUGGUCAUCCCCACUCACACACAACUUUCUUCUUCUUCAACUAACACAACACAACAACAAUAUCUUUCCUUCUUUCUUUCCCUCUUUAGGGUUUCCAAUUCACAAUUCAACUAGUAUGUUAUUCCAACAACUCAACUAUAUCUUAUUUCACUAAAUAUUCAUCCUUUUUCCCUUUUGGGUUUUCUUGAUUUGGUACUAAACAAGCACAAUUAAGCAUUUUUGGAGAGUAGCAGAAUUAAGCAUUUUUAAAGCAUUUUUUUGAGAAUUAAGCAUUUUUGGAGCAUUUUUUGAGAACAAGCAGAAUUAAGCAUCUUUGAAGUAUUUUUUUGAGAGCAAGCAGAGUUGAACUUUCUUGAAGCAUUUUUUUGAGUGCUGGUGGACAGUGUAUGAGAUUUACUCUUUAACUAGCAUUCAAUUGGUUCCUUAUGGUGCGUUAAAGCUUGGCUUGUGUUGAUUUCUGGAAUACUUGUUGUCAAAAGAAGACAAAAUUGUUCUUGCAGAGUUCUAUAUUUUGUGAUUAUUGCUCGUAUCUAUAGUAAGUUGACUGAGUUGGAGGAUGGAGACUGCCAAGCGAUGGUUCAGUAAGCUCGGCAAAAAAGAUAAGCCCAAGCCUCCCAAGAAGCAGGAAACUACUGGUAAUGGAAAAGAAGGGUCAAAAUUGUCAUCUCAUGAAGAAACACCUUCAACUGCCACUAAACAGAAAGUUGCAGCUGCCAAGCAGUACAUAGAAAAACACUACAAAGAACAAAUGAAGAGCUUGCAGGAGCGUAGAGAACGUCGCAAUAUGCUUGAAAAAAAAUUAGCUGAUGCUGAGGUUUCUGAGGAAGAGCAGAGCAAUUUACUGAAGUACCUUGAGAAGAAGGAGACAGAAUUUAUGCGCCUUCAAAGGCAUAAAAUGGGUGCUGAUGAUUUUGAGCCCUUGACAAUGAUAGGAAAGGGUGCAUUUGGGGAGGUUAGAAUAUGCAGGGAGAAGGCAACUGGCCAUGUCUACGCCAUGAAAAAGCUUAAGAAAUCAGAAAUGCUUCGUAGAGGCCAGGUUGAACAUGUUAAAGCCGAAAGGAAUCUGCUUGCUGAAGUGGAGAGCAAUUGCAUUGUUAAGCUUUAUUGCUCUUUCCAAGAUGAGGAGUAUCUUUACCUAAUAAUGGAAUAUCUUCCUGGUGGAGAUAUGAUGACAUUGCUGAUGCGCAAGGAUACUUUAACAGAAGAUGAGGCCAGAUUUUAUGUGGGAGAGACGGUCCUUGCUAUAGAAUCUAUCCAUAAACACAAUUAUAUUCACAGAGAUAUCAAGCCUGAUAACUUACUACUUGAUAGACAUGGACACAUGAAAUUGUCAGAUUUUGGAUUGUGUAAACCGCUGGACUGCAGUAAUCUUCAGGAAAAGGAUUUCACAGCGGCAAAUAAGUUAAGUGGUGCUCUUAUGAGUGAUGGACGCCCAGCCCCUCCAAGGCGCACUCAACAGGAGCAACUGUUGCAUUGGCAGAAGAAUAGGAGGAUGCUUGCUUAUUCCACUGUUGGGACACCUGAUUACAUUGCUCCGGAGGUUUUAUUGAAGAAAGGAUAUGGAUGUGAAUGUGAUUGGUGGUCACUUGGUGCAAUCAUGUAUGAGAUGCUCGUGGGAUAUCCCCCGUUCUAUUCUGAUGAACCUAUGUCCACCUGUAGAAAGAUAGUAAAUUGGCGGACUCAUCUUAAAUUUCCUGAAGAGGCAAAACUAUCUCCAGAAGCAAAAGAUCUCAUAUGUAAACUCUUGUGUAAUGUAGAACAGAGACUUGGGACCAGGGGUGCUGAUGAAAUAAAGGCUCAUCCAUGGUUCAAAUGUGUUGAAUGGGAUAAACUUUAUCAAAUGAAAGCCGCAUUUAUUCCAGAAGUUAAUGAUGAGUUGGAUACUCAGAAUUUUGAGAAGUUUGAAGAGGGUGACAAUCAAAUUCCAACAACAGCAAAAUCAGGUCCAUGGAGGAAGAUGCUCUCCUCAAAGGAUGUCAACUUUAUGGGUUACACUUACAAAAACUUUGAAAUUGUGAAUGAUAACAAUGUCGCUCAAAUGGCUGAAUUGAAGAAAAAGAGCACCAAAGCUAAGAGGCCAACAGUGAAAUCGCUUUUCAAUGAGGAUUCAGAAUCUGCUGACUCUCAACAUGCUCAUGGGAGUUUCCUUAAUCUGUUACCUCCACACUUGGAAUCCUCGAAGCAGGCUGAACAACUAUAGCUACAUCCAAAACUAAUCUGUUAAUAACUUCAUGACCAUAGCCAAAACAAAGCAAACAGGGACAGCGUCUCAAUUCCCUCGUCAACUCAAUAGGCUUUCGUUGUUGUGUUUUUUUAACCUAGGUGUAUUCCAAGUGUAAGUAUAAAGUAUUCACGACGAAGGCAGUUCUGCAAAUUCUGGUGCAACUGCCUUGCUUCAUAGUUUGCGCUUGUUUUUUGUGUAAAUUAUUUCUUGGAAGUACAUAUAUCAUUCUUUUUGUUGCUAGUUUGUAAUUUUGCUCACUCUCUAAGCUGCAGAAACUUGAGACCAUGUACUUGUAAUCUCUUCAACUUUGGGUUUAUUUAUUUCAAUAGCCCCGUUCUCUAAA